AUGGAAUUUCUGUUUCCAGUUAUUGAAAGUGAAGUGAAAAGAGUAAAACGCUUCGAUAACGAAGAUGCAAGAUUAAUCGGGUUCCAAAAGGGCGCCUACAGUAAUGUUAAACAUUCAAAUUCUGUCCGGAAAUUGAUCUAUCUAGCAACAACAUUUUUUGGUGAAUGGAAUCCCAAGCAUUAUUAUUUUUUACACGAACAAAGUACAACAUUUUCUGAAUACCCGUGUCCUAUUAACAACUGUUACGCUUCGAAAGAUCCACUGGACAUUCCAAAAGCGGAUGCAUUGCUAUUCCAUGUUCGAGAUAUAGAAGUUUUCAGCAUUCCAGAGUAUCGCGCUCCUCAUCAAGUUUGGAUAUUAUAUUCAAUGGAGCCACCAUGGCUGGAAGUAAUCGAUAUGCAAAGGUUUAAUGGCAUGUUUAAUUGGACUAUGAGCUAUAGGAAGGGCUCUGAUAUACCUCUUACAUAUGGCUUCAUUGGCAAGAAACCUCAUAAUUCUUUAAAACUAACAAAACCACUCACAAGUUCCGAUUUGAAAGGCAAGCAAAAUAAAGCUGUUUGGUAUGUCAGUAAUUGCAGGACUGAUAGCAAUCGAGAAGAAUAUGUGAAAAGACUGCAGAAGGUAUAUCCGGUUGACGUUGUUGGCGGCUGUGGUUUGGAAGGCUGUAGACCAGCAGAGACACGAAAAUGUUACACUAAGAUUGCUCGCAAUUAUAAAUUUUAUUUAGCGUUUGAAAAUGCCAUUUGCCCGAGCUAUGUUACAGAAAAACUGUUUAAUUCCUUGGAAUAUAACAUUAUUCCGGUUACUUUCGGAGGUGCAAAUUACACGCGAUUGGUUCCGGAGAAUUCCAUUGUAAAUGCCAUGGAAUUUCAAUCACCAGAGGAACUGGGACAAUAUCUUUGGGAAAUUUCAUUGAACGACACUCGAUAUUUGUCACAUUUCAACUGGAAAGAUGCAUUUCGGUCGUAUUUACAACCCUGGAUGUGCGAUUUAUGCGCCAAGCUGCAUGAUGCUGUUAUUCCAAGGGCAAAUAACGAUCUUGUCAAUUGGUGGCACGAAGAUUUUUCGUGCCUGAGAUGGUCAGAAGAUAAAUUUGAAACUAUCAAGAACUAUGCAUUUCCAACCUAUCAUAGUAAAACAUUUGCGUAA